UGUAUAAGACACCCCAGUGCAUCAUUAUGGGACUAAAUCAAACAAAGGUAUCACUAUACAAUCGAUAUACACAUAAGUGAGAGGUAAACACUGUUCGCCUGUUAAAAACGAAAUUUGAUCUUCGCGUCACGAGGCUACCGAUAGAUAGAACGACACGCCUCUGGGCGCGCCUCAACCGGGAAUGACGUAAGCAGUAGAAGAACGCGGGGGAUUCGAGGGAUUCCCCGGCGCCAUUUUGAUUGUUAGUAAACACUGUCCUCAGGAAGACUCCGGCUAUUUCUGAGGGAUUUAGUUUGUCCAAGGACGUUAUAUAUAACGCCCUUGGUUUGUCAACAUGCCUACACGGUGUGUCGCAGCGUAUUGUUCGAACUACACGUCCUCUUCGAUAAGUCUUCACAAGUUUCCAAACGACGAGAAAGUUCGCGAGAAGUGGGUGCAGAACGUACGGCGGACAAGAGGCCCUGAUCGGGAGGGGAAGGAAUGGACGCCGAGCCCGACCUCUCGGCUGUGUUCCGACCAUUUUACAGAGGACUGUUUCGACCCUGCCCAGGAUUUGAAGAGAUCGUUUGGGUUCAAUGCGAAGCACCGUAGGGAGGUGCUGCCCGGUAAAAUUCCAACCAUCUUUCCCCGAGGCCCGGCCGAGCCGAAGCGUAGGGAAUCACAGGCUGUAGCCAAAAGGCGUCACCAGGAGAUACUCCGAGAAUGUCUAUCUGCUGAGCCUGUAGAAGAGGGAGGAUCUGAUCAUGACAUCUGUGCUACUGCGGUGUCAACUGCCAGUGGUCCACCUGUUGAUGAUGAUGAUGGUCCACCUGUUGAUGUGACUCCAACAGAAAACCAGGGGAUACAAGUCCAGCCAGACAUGAAAUCACGGGCUGUGCAGGCCAGACUGCGAGUGGGGACUUGUAAAGGUGUGCAGAUCAAGCCUACUGUUACAACUAUUGGCAUACAGAACAAGCCUUCAGUGAAGACCAUCUCCACCCAGACACAGAUCACAUACAACAACCGGUUGCAGGAGUUAGAUGCCAUGUCUGAAGUUUCAGAGCCGGUGGAGGAUGCAGCGUACGAGAACGAUCCAGACUACGAGCCUAUGGAGAUAUCGGAUGAUGAGGAGGACCCACCCGAGGAGGUGCCCAUCCCCGAGGCCACGUCAGAUACCCUGCCGGACACACGCAUCUUCAUGGUGUUCUGGACAUGUUUGGUGCAGCUGUUCUCCACGUGGUGUUGCUGUCCAGCGUGUCCCUCUAGGAAGCUGAUUUGGCGCUGUAAGGAAGUCGGGACUCACCUGCUGGUGACAUUCCUGUGCAGAGAUUGCAGCUAUGAAGAUACAUGGAGGAGCCAGCCUUCCUAUGGCAGGACUGCCGCGGGGAACAUUUUGCUGUCAUCUGCUAUACUGUUCGCUGGAGCCAGUGUGACCAAGGUGCUUAGAGUCUUGUCACACAUGGGCGUGGCCGUUAUGUCAACCCGGUCAUUCUUCCGCCAUCAAGAAAACAUCCUGUUCAGGGCCAUCCGUACGCUGUGGAGGGAGCGGCAGUUCUGGAUGCUGACAGUCCUGCAAGCCGAGCAAGAGCCCAUUGUUUGUGGUGGGGAUGGCCGCGCGGAUAGCCCAGGACACUCUGCGAAAUAUGGAACUUAUACAAUGAUGGAGCUGAAGCAGACAGCUGUGAUAGACGUGCAGCUAGUGCAGAGCAACGAGGUAGACAGCUCCAACGCCAUGGAAAAGGAAGGUCUUCAGCGCUCCCUGCAAAAAAUCCAGGAGUAUGCAGAAAUAGGCACAUUGGUCACUGAUCGACAUGCAGGAAUAAACAAGAUGAUCCGUGAGCAGCAUCCCAACAUCCAGCACCUCUUUGAUGUCUGGCAUGUUGCCAAAAGCAUCAAGAAGAAGCUGAAGAAGCUGAGUAAGACGAAAGGCUGUGAAGACCUCAAGGUAUGGAUUGCCAGUAUCAUCAACCACCUUUAUUGGGCUGUGACGUCUACACCUCCUGGCAACGGUGACCUCAUUGUCGAGAAGUGGAAGUCUGUGCUUCAGCACAUUCACAAUCGGCACAGGGGCUUUGGCGGGCUGUUCCCAAGGUGCGCACACGGGCGACUGAGGGGAAGAGAACGGCGCAAGCCAUGGAACUAA